AUGUCGUCUCGCCAAGGGAGGGCAGCUGUUCACGCUCUUACGCUCUUCGAUGUUGUGAUCCACAGUGACGACGAGAGCUAUGGGCUCGGGGGCCAGGGAACGUCUGGACUCGAAGAGUUAGCCGCCCGGCACCAAUGCAACAACAUCUGUAAAGCUCUGGGACUUCCGGAUGCUAAAGAGUUUUGUAAGGACCUCACCGUGAAGGCUGGUGAAUGGGAGGCGUUGUCUGUGUCUGUUCCCAACGUAGACCUGGACCCCAGGCGCUCACCAUCCCCUGUAACAUCGGAUAAUGGCUGUUCUGCUCUCACUAGUCUCAAACACUACGGGGAAUCCGACAGUUCAGACUCGGAGGAAGAUUGA